CAAAGCGGCGCCGAGUUGCUCCGCUUCCAUCUCUCCGUGAAGCUGCAUCUCCGCUCCCAUGAGAGCUGCGUUUGGACAAGAAUGUGACUGGAGGCGUGUCAGUGCUUAAAAGUUUGAUUUGAUGGAAAGUGAGAGUUACCGAAUUCCUGGACCAUGGGGUACGGGCAAAUCCUCCACAAGUGUGGCUGUGAGGAGCAUCAGCUUCACCUCAACGUGGGGGGUCUUCGCUUCGAGGUGGAUGGCGAUAUGUUGCUUCGCUUCCCUCACACGCGCCUGGCUCGCCUGCUGUGCUGCCGGAGCGAAGCAUCCAUCCUGGAGCUGUGCGACGACUACUCCGCCGCCGACCGGGAGUACUACUUUGACAGGAACCCUCGGGUUUUCCUCUGCGUCCUAAACUACUACAAAACGGGACGCCUCCACAUCAUGGAGGAGCUGUGCGUCUUCUCCUUCAGCCAGGAGAUCGAGUACUGGGGCAUCCAGGAGUUCCACAUAGCCAACUGCUGCAGCAACUGGUACCACGAGAGGAAGGAGUACAUCACCCACAGGGACUGGGACGCCAGGAGCGAAGACGGCCAACAGCCCAGUUUCGACUCAUCCAUGGAGGAGCUGUCAGCGCUGGAUCAGGAGCUGGAUAAGUUCAAGGGUGCCUGGUGUGCGGAGGUCAGGAGUUACGUUUGGCUCAGGCUGGAAGAUCCGGGCCAUUCCCGAGCCUCGAAGAUCAUCGCUCUGGCAUCGCUCAGUGUGGUGUUGACCUCCAUCAUCGCCAUGUGUGUCCACAGCAUGCCCGAGUUUCAGCACUUGGACGACAACGACAAACCCAUCGAGGACCCUGUGCUUGCCAUCCUGGAGGUGAUCUGCAUCAUAUGCUUCUCCGCCGAGUUCAUCAUCAGGCUGAUUGUCGCUCCCUCCCGCAGGAAGUUCCUCGGGAACCCGUUAAACAUCAUCGACGUUGCCUCCAUCUUGCCCUUUUACGCCACUCUGGCCCUGGAAAACUCUGACGAGGAGAGCGCCGAGGAGAACGAGGACAUAGAGAACGUGGGGAAGGUGGUGCAGGUUCUCCGCCUCAUGAGGGUUCUCCGGAUCCUCAAACUGGCCCGGCACUCAAUCGGGCUGCGAGCACUGGGGGCCACAGUGCGGCACAGCUAUAAUGAGGUGGGACUGCUCCUCCUCUUCCUCUCUGUGGGGAUCUCCAUCUUCUCCGCUCUUAUCUACUUUGCGGAGAAGGAGGAGCCCGACACGGAUUUGGGCACCAUUCCUUCUGGCUGGUGGUGGGCCACAAUCACCAUGACAACGGUGGGCUUCGGCGACACCUGCCCGGUGACUCUUGCGGGGAAGAUAGUGGCCACUCUGUGUAUCAUCUGCGGACUUCUAGUGGUGGCACUGCCUGUCACCAUCAUUUUUAAUAAGUUCUCCAAGUACUACCAGAGGAACAAAGCCAUGGAGGGGCAGUGUGUCCCUAACCCAGAGAGUCAAGACCCUGACCUUCCUUAUUACAACAUUCGGGACUUGUUCACUGACAGUGUGUAUCCUUUCAUUGGGGAUAUCACUUUUGGGAACAGCGUCAGCAGCGUAGGUGACGAUACUGAUGCCUCCAGCCUGCAUGAUGUCGACACGGACGAUAUUGACGCCUGUGAAACUCAAAAUUAAAAUCCUACCAUUCCUGUCUGUCAAAAACAUGUUCCCACCGGUUUCCUUGCUUUUUUUCUACCAACUUGUGAAAUACACAGCGCUCCCGCCACCAGGGAAUCACGUGAACCUUGCUCCAAGGCCUGAAAGCCCAUUUUCUGCUUGAGAAAACUGCAAUGAUGCAUGCGGCGGGGCCCUAAUGUUAAUGUUUUUUCAAAGUAAUCUCCUGUAUCGAUUUGUCUGCUCGCUUCAACUGAAGAAUUCAAUGAAACUUUAUUGAAAGUGUGCUGCUUCAUUCUACUCUUGAGUUAUCUUUCCCUUCAUAUCAUCUGACAUGCUUUGACAGUCUGUUAAACAAAAGGUACACCAAGCUGAUUACGCCUCCUAACCAGAACAGAUUAGCUGUUUAGGUUUGAUAGAACCAAAUGAAUUUCGAUUACAGGGGCUUUUUUUUUAUCAGGCGUGGAGACGUACAUACUGCUUAUUCCACACGGUGUGCCGCCAUGACUUACUGUACCACUUACUGUAAUGACACACAGUCAGUAGUGGAACGGGCAAGCAUUGGGCGUACACGACCGGGACUUGAUUCUAGCUUACUUCAAUAGAGUACACUGGGAUAGCCCUAAUGGGAGAUGUUAGAAUUAUCUCUGUUCCUGAAAUUAACUUGUACUGGCAAAGCUACACAAAAACUAACACGUUCCUAAUGGCGCAAAAUGUCACACUGACAACCAUUGAAAAUAUCUUUUUUUGUUAAUCCCAGAUUUAUCUUAAUAUGAACUAAUGCAGUCCUUUAUAUUACAAUUUCAAUUUGCACUACUGGCAUUCAGUUUUUAUUUUUUAUAUUUGUCCACCAGAUGACACCCAUUUUUCCCAUUUAAAGCAUGCAGCAAAAUCUCUGAGCUUUUAUUGCUUUACUACUGAAAUGCAGGCAUGAGCACGGACAUUUUGGGGGGCAGGUGCUCAAGCCAGAUUAUUCAGCAAAUUUUGUGAAAGAGAUAAAUCAAUGUUGUUGUGCAUCAAACCUUAUUUGGGGGGAAGUGAUGAGCUAGAGUAAUUUUUAUUCUGAAAUGAGUGGAAAAAAAAUAGGCUCCAGCAGAAGGGGCGCUUUUCUCAUGCAGGGCAAAAGGGCAGAUGCUUGAGCACCACUGGGGUUUAUGAUAUGCACGUGCCUGCUGAAAGGAGUGGGUCUCCUGUGAUGUUGGAUAAUGGUGUGUAUGUAAAAUGUGAACGUGUAUCUUAUUAUUUGAGCUUUAAACAGUAGCUACGUGAACAUGCUGACCUUUAAAGGGUAAAAUUCCCCCAAAACAGAAUUAAUAUUGGAUGUUUAAAGUGAAAACAAAAUAUUUUUUAAUAUUUACAAAAGCGGAAACUUUUUUUUUUUAUUCUGACGCUCUAGCUGCUAAUCACUGACCCAUCUCACGCCCUAAAAGUCCUUGAAAUGUAUAUUUUAUAUGUAUAUAUUAUGUAUAUAUAUGUAUAUAUAUAUAUAUAUAUAUACAUAUAUAUAAACGUAAAUCGCAAGAUAUGCAUUUAAUUGUGUCGUAAUAAAAUAUUCAUUCAGAAAAAUGACAAAAACCUGAAGAAAAAUGCUUGGAAUUGAGUAUUUAAAGCAAAGCAGGAAGCAUUGAUUUUUACUUAGCUCAAAUAAAAGCUCUCUGGGUGAAACGCGUCAUCUUUAGUGGAUGCUUGUGGGCAAAGCGGCGGCAUCAAGAAUCCUUGCAAGGGACUCAGAAAUGAUGAUGAUGAUGUUGAUGAUGAUGCACUGUCUGCAUAACACAUAAUGAGUGUCUCUCGCCGCUACACACAGCGACAUCAGGGUGUUCAUCAUACACGCUGUGCGUCGCAUCAUUUCCCCCAGCGUAUGACGCACAUUACGUAAUGUUACGUACGGAAUGUUUGACAAGGCAGCGAUAUUUACAAUGAAAUUCUGUGUAAAUAUAUUUAUAAAAUAUAUAUUUAUAAAAUUAAGUAAUUUUGUUGAAUUUCUGCAUGUGACUAUACUGAUGUGAAAGAAUGUGAGGGAAAAAAACGAAUGUUCAAACAAAUCAUAUGUACACUAUGUAUUUUUAUUUUUUGUUCAUGUAUUUUUAUGUAUUUAUGUAUUUUUCAAUCUUUAUU